AUGACUCGCUCCAUUUUCAACCUGCACGCCAGGUCGUCUCCGAUGGAUCCAUUAUCUAUCGCGUCAGGCGCCGCCGGCCUAGCCAUCAGCUGCGGGACAAUAGUUAAGACGCUAUACACCUGGAUAGACGAUACUGUCGACGUCGACGAGAAUGUCUCCAACUUGUUUGAGGAGGUCUCGAUUCUGUCGCGAGUCCUAGACUCCGUCAGCAAUGCCUCAGGUCGGGUCCCGCAAGCUGUUGUGGCCGAGAUCGAUCCUGGUAAUGCCCUCUGGGGUAGUAUUAGUGCUACCCUGGAUGAUAUCAAGAACACAUUCAACAAGCUCAACCAGCUAAUGGCCGAGCUUGAGAAAACAAGCCUCUUUGGCCGAGGGUUCUUGCGCAAGCCAACCAAGCAAAUCAAGUUUAGCCUACGGUCCAAAGAUAUCACUAUAUAUAAGGACAGAAUCAAGUCAUACAACACGGCGAUGACAAGUGCUUUUCAGAUGAUCAAUGUCUGCCUCCUAAUUCACAGCAAUUCCUCUCAAGACUCUGUGUUCAAGGUCCUCUCUGGGCUUAAGUCCCAACUGAGGCAUGUUGAGUUUGUUUUGCAUACAAGGAGCUCCGCAAGCCCUGGCCCUUCUAGUGGGCGUGAAGAGGACGAUCGCGCCACCCAAAAUCUCCGACAGUUUGUUCAGGUGGCAGAGAACUUCCACUCAAGCGCUAGUACCAUUCUGAGAGAGGGCCCUAGGUCAACUGUCUGGGGAGGAAGUAUUAUGGGUGAUCCUUUAACAGAAGCACAAACAUCAAUGAUCGAGAGAUGGAUACCUCCGCCAGUCAAUGAAGAGUCACGUUCUCCUGCUGACGCCGACUCGGACAGUGAGACUGAAUUUGCCAGAAGGAUUGAAGAACUAGCGAUCAAGAAUGAGGCGGAUGGGGACCACGAAAAGGCAGAACAAUUCUACAGAGGUGCCAUCGAGCAUGGCGAAUCGAGUUCGAGACCAGUAAGCGAUAUCACUGCUAUGAGGAUACGACUAGCAUAUGCAUGCAUGCGGCAGAAAAAGUGGACAGAGGCAGACGAGGUCAUCACUCCAAUCGCUUUUGAGAGGAAGACAAACGACAUACUUGUGUAUCACGGAAUGCACGCCUUGGCUCUUGCUUAUCUAGAUGACUCCAAACUUGAGGAAGCCGAAAAGUAUUGCAAGCGUGCUCUUUGGGGCAAGAGAAAAGUUCUCGGCAAAGAUCAUUUGAGCUGCUGGGAGACCCUGACUUUGCUUGUGUCCAUCUGCACGGCGAGAAAUAAGACGAUGGAAGCAGAGGUCCAUCGAAGCUUUAUCCCGAACUACGAGACUAUUGCGAUUGAUCCUGAAGCCUUGACUUAUCUGGACCGUUCAGUUGGGAGCUUGGGCAGACCAAGUAACGAUAGUGACAUGGUCCCACAAACUCAACAGCCAUUGGCUUUUCAGCAAGAGUAUCCUCCCAGCCAACCAUACACUACGGCAGCUUCUGGCCCCGUCCCAUCUCCAGGUAGUUUCCAGUACCCCAAAACCUUCGGUUCUCAGUACACAAGUCCACCAACACCGAAUAGUCAUCAAGGUACGGUGCAAUAUCCGACACAGCACAUGCAAACAAGGCCAAACGUAGAGCCAUCUUCAAACCCUCCUGUCUCUCGAAAGGCUAUCGGGCGUCCGGACACGAUCUUAUCUACAAUGCAUCGCCUGCAAAGCAUGGGGCCAUACUCUCAACAACAACCAGAGCAACCGAGAAGAAGCACCAAUCUAUCAUAUAGCCACAAUAACGCCCUAUCUGAAUUCGGACUACUGGAUGCUUUCGAUCCUUUCUGGCGUGACCACCUUGGCGAGGGUCUUCGAGCCCGAGGUUGGAACGAUCAUCUUGUCAAAGAGAACCAGCAGCUCAUCAUAGACUUCUUCAAGUUUCAACUGCCAAGUGCCAGAACAGCUUCUCUGGCCCUGUCGCUACCACCACCUCCCCAUUUAACAACAGCAUAUCCACUGCCCACGCAAGAUGCCAACAUUUACGAACCCCAAGGUUAUCAAUCCCCCCCACCACUGUCACCCUAUAACAUGGCACCUGUGCCCACGCCUGAAUCCAGAUAUCAGAUAUUUGUGUCAAUCGACUUCAUGAAGAUAGACUGUGCGAGCACCAGUGUUGCAUACGUUCCAACUGUUCUUUACUACGAUCAGUACAAUAAGCUAGUCGGCUGGGGCCAUGACAUUGCUAACGCCCUUGGGCCGACUGGAUAUCCGAAGCCAGGCGUCCAGAAGGUUGCAGGUCUACCUCUGUUCUUGAUCCAAGAGACAGAGGAGUCAAUUCCACUGCCUGGUAUUCCUCCGGGCCUCAACGCUGUGGAUAUCUCAGCCGACUUCCUCUAUGAGGUCAGGCGUGCCCUUCGUACCCAAUUACAGCAACGUAUAGGCAGUAAAUUCUUGGAGAACGAGCAGAGGAUCCAUUGGAUUGUCACCACCCCAGAGAUCUGGGCAGAUAAGGACAAAACUUUAUGGAAACGUGUUCUUCAAAGAGCUGGCUAUCUUAGAGACGAAAAUGAUACACGCUUAUCGUUCGUCAGCGAAGCAGAGGCGUCAAUACACCACGCGAUAUUGACAUAUUCCCUCACCCAGGAAACCAAAGAUAUAUUUAUCUUUGUGAGCUGUGGGGAAAAGAUAGUAUAUGUGUCUGCCUAUAGGCUUCUACAAGCAUCGCCUUUCUUCAUUUCUAGACUUAUGUCAAAUAAGAACCUGGGACCUACCCUGAUAUCACAAAAGUUUGCCGAAAUAGUGCGGACCAAAAUCGACCGCAUGCGACUUCCAGAUGGCUCCAAAACAGCUAGAAAGGUCUAUGCAAAGUGUAUCGGUGAUUUUGAGCGACGCAUCAUGAUAGAGUUCAGAAACAGUGGACAAGAAUGGAACAUCGAUGUUGCAAUCGAAACAGAAUUUCCCGAAGCAGGGAUCAAGGAAGGCUAUAUGACUUUCACAAAUGACGAAAUCUUGUCUUGUUUCCAGCCCGUCACCGAUGGUAUUACCGCCAUGAUGGCUUAUACAAUGGGUGAGGUUUUCAAAAAUGGCAAUAUUAUCCAGGUAUGUUUAAGUACUCGUUUCAUAUUGACGUGCUGA